UGUUCCAUAGUAAUCCAGGUGAUAAAUAGUGUUUACUGUGACUUACAAAAUGGGUAGCUCCCAAAGUUACCCAGGUCUGACCGAAGAUCUCUUAGAUGAUUACACCAAUUUGACAUAUUUAAAAAAAGGUGAAAUAUUACAUUUGAUGAAAAAGUUCAAUUCGAUUGAUCCCGAAAAACUCGAGGCUGAUUACCAUCAUAGGUUUCCCAAGGAGGACAUAAUGAAAAAGUUCGGUGCUUUGAGGAAUAACCCGUUCAGCGACCGUAUUUUCCGGGUGUUUUCAUCGAAGCAGGACGACUGCUUUUCCUUUGAAGACAUGCUGGACCUAUGCUCCGUCAUGAGCUCAGAUUGUCCGCCCGAAGUAAAGGCGGCGUGGGCUUUUAGGAUUUUUGAUAUAGAUGAAGAUAACCAGAUCACCGAAAGUGACAUUUGCGAAAUUAUAAAUCGCCUCACAGCACCCGAACCGACCACUGGAGAAAGAUAUCUCGACGAGUGCUCUAAAGAAAAGAUUGCUAAAAUUAUUCUAGAAGAAAUAAGUUUAGACAAAAAUGGAGGAAUAGCUGCUGCUGAAUUCAAGUACAUGAUCUCAAGAUUAUCUGAAUUUGAAACAUCAUUUUAUUUUCGGUUGUAAAUAAAAGGUGUAUUGUUACAA